AUGAUGACAGCCGUUUGACAACCCGCGCGCUUGCUGUCAACUGCUGUCAAAGUGACUGGCAACAAAAGCGACAUCGGCAGAAAAUCAAUCAAAGCAAUCGCUGCCCUUCUCCGUUUUUAAGUUUUAUAUUCGCGUCGAAUCGGUUGUUGAAAGUGCUUUCGUGCUUUUGUUUGUGCGUGUUCACACGUAACGCGAAAUGACCACGAACGGCGGCGUUCCGGGCGCUGCUACCGAUGGUCCCAGAACGACCAUCAAAAAGUAUGGCCCAGGGGUGACAAUCAAGUGCUGCGUGCAGGGAUGUGUCUCCAUGUACGGCGACAUAGGCGUAAGCUUCCAUCGGUUUCCGACGAUUAACACCGCACGGGAUGUUCUGCGACGGGAACUGUGGGUGGAAGCGGCCGGGUUGCCGAAUAAUAACGACAUCAUAGACAAUUCGCUCAUUUGCGGAAGACAUUUCGAGAUGGGGAAACCGUCGCUGCCCAAUGAAAUCAGGGCUGCCAAUUGGACUCCCAGUCUCAACUUGAAGCCUAAAGUUGAGGCCAACUUUAUGAUGAAUGUCGGAGAAACCAGCAACAUUGCAGGCAUAGAUACAUCAACUAUGAUGACAACUGUUUCACCUAAACAACGAGAGGUUGUGCCCAUUUUGCCGAUAAUGGGACCACAAACCGUUCCCAAGGACCUAAACUUGCCACAAUUUUGCCGACUCUGUCUGGCAGAGGGUGUGCAAAUGGUAUUUCCAAAAGACUCCAGAGUGUACGAUCAGUUGGCCAGCAAGAUCAACGAUAAUUUACGCUUGAGGAUAACCGUAAUCGAGCUAACGCGAAGCCUGAUUUGCAAAAAAUGCUACGAAACGUUGGAGCAGUUUCAUCAGUUCCGUACCCGUUGCACCCGCCAGGAUGCCUACUUGCAUAUGAGACGGUCCUUGGAACCGGAACGGAAACAACCGCUCCGCUAUCGGGACAAUUGGUACUGGUACUCGUGCCUAGGAAAUAACAUGAACUCCGUCAUCUGGGGAUGCAGCGUCGUGUGCUGUCCGGCGUUCAUCGUUAGUCACCCGAGUGGCCGGAUUUGUGCGAAGUAUGCCAAUCACCAACACAAACAGAAGAUGGAGGACGUUAAAACGAUGUACUGCAAUGGGGAGUACGUGUUUGAUGGGUAUCGGUAUAGCUUCGAAAUGAUCAAUUUGAACCGGACGCUGACGUUCAACUGUAGAAGCCUGAAGGAUCCUCAUGGCGAAUGCACGGCCGUUCUGAUAACCAACGAUCGGAGCGAAGUUUUGACGGUGGGGCAGCACAAUCACGAGCGCGAGAUUAUCAUUGAGUCUGCGGUGAAGGACGGAACCGACGGAACGAAACGGUCCAUUACGUUGAUCCGAGGAUUUGACCGGGAGAUCGUAUUCUGCCAGGGUUACUGGUAUACGACUGUAUCGGAGCAGAGUAGCGUGUCCGACUGGAGCUGCAUCAGGGAGGGUUGCACCAGUAAGAUCGAAAUGGUUAACGGGACGGUUCAGUACUAUGGUACGCACUGCCACCUGCCGGUUUUCCUGAAAUGGGGCGCCGAGGAGGACAAGACCAUCGAACCGAAGACGACGACGUUGAUGAAGGUAGUGAAUACCUUACCACCGAAGCCAGCCAUAUCACCAAUACAACAGGCGAUACCUCCGGUUGCUCUCCGGCAGUCCACGACCAUUGUUCACUCCAGGCUACCAACAGCCACGGCACCGACGUCAAGUUUGACUGGUGUAAUACCUGCAUCAACAAUCAUAAAGACGGAACCCUCGGAGCUACAGAUCUCUUCUGUAAGUUCUUGUGCUCCCGAACCCAGCUCGGUAGCAAGGCCUCAGCUGAACCAACCUUUGGUAGUUUCCGCUGCGACAAUGGCCUCCAAAGCAACACUUCCUAUGGCAACGAACAAACUACCAACCGUUUCCGUGAGAUCCAAUCACCACAUUCAAGUGGUGAGACGAACUACAGCUCCGACGGUACGUGUUGUGCCUCACCCUCGUCCGGUACCACCACCAACUUUCAAUACGUCAACCAUCCCAACACAAGUGCAAACACCGUCCACAUCCGUAGCUGCACCACAACCGACCGUUCCUAAAAUUCUUCACGUCAUGUCCUUGAACUUAGCCAGCAAACCGGAACCAACUGUUCUGCCAGAAAUUCCGGUAUCGGCUUCCGAUCCACCUCCCAGCCCCAACUGGACCGAUCUGGUGUCAGAGAUCAAAGAAGAACCCCAAGACCCCUUGGGCGAAGACGAACCGGAAACCAUAACGGAUGAGAUUCAACCGUUCUCGGGUGAGACAAUGGCGCCACCGCAACCAGCGACCGUUGCCACCAAUCUACCGAAGCCUCCGCCGUUGACGCCACGUCCCAUGCUGCUGGUGUCCUCGGCUUCGGUGACCACCUGCAACACACUGGACGUUACCGCGCUGGAUUCGGAAUGCGCGGACAGCUUGCGGCCGAAACCGCCGACCGAAAACGUGAGCAAUCCUCAGCAUACGCUUCCGCCGGCCGAUGAAGAUGAUGACGGCCUGCACGAUCUUCAAGACGACGACGAAAUUCCACCAAUCGUGCCCAUUGAUGCCGAUGUAGUGUCAAGAAUCAUUGGCAGUGAGUACACGACCCGGAGGCUUCCCAACGGCAAGACCCAGGUCAUACGGAAGAACAUUCUUUCCCGCGGUCCUUCUGCUCUUGUUGGGACGACCGCGAAAAGACACGUUCUUCCAACCGCACCACCGCUGCCAACUCGUACGGGAACGAAAACAACCAUCCGAGUAUACGGCCCGUCGCCCACUGCGCCUAAACGGGUAUUCAGCGAUUCCGACGAGCAGAACGAUCUCUUAACUAAGAAAUCGAAAUCAACCGAGGUCACAGAUCCACCAGAAACGGCUAUUGUUGACGUUGAAAAAUCUGCCACACCAGAAGAGGAUGACCAAUUGGACCAAACGGCAGCGGAAGAUCCCAUUGCAGUGUCCAUCGAGCCCCAUCAGAAUCUACCGGACAACGAGGAUUCGCAACAAGAAAAUGAAUUUUCCAAUGAUGAGUCGGCCGAAGGGCCGACUACUCCCCAUGAAAACGAUGAAGAUCCAUCACCAGAAGAAGAGUCUUCAAAUGAUAAUGAAGUCGGAGACUCAAACAGUCCCCAUCGCAAUGGUGAAAGUAGUCCACCACAAGACAAAUCUUCCGAUGAUGAAGCAGCCAAGGAGUCGAGUACUCCCUCAAAGGACGAUGGAGACGCAGAGAUUCAGAAUGUUACAGCCACCAACGAACAAUCGGAAGCUGAAGCGCCCGACCAGCAGCAAAGCCAAUCCGAUAAGAAGCCCUCCACAUCGAGAUCGGUCCAGCUGGUGAAGCUCCAACGAACCGAGCAGAUGUUGAGCCACGAGGGUCAUCUGUAUAAGCUGAAAUGGCACAACCGGAAGCGCCACUACUGGGACUGUAUGCUGCGGGAACAGGUCAACUGUAUGGCCACGCUGGAAACGGUCAGCGAGAACAGUCAGAACUGGCGGAAGUUCCUGACGCACAACCACAAGGUUCCGAAGCCGAUCAUCAACGAAGAAUACCGCAACAGCUACCGGAUGCUAACGAGCGAAACGGGCGUCCCCAAGGUCAAGCACUUGCCCGUGCAGACGGUGAACAUAUCCGAUAUCAAGGACCAGUCGGGCCGGAUGAUAAGCAUGAUAAGGCGCAAGCUGUGCGCUUUCCGGAUCGGUCGGAUUGCGUGGGGUGCGUCGCUGCACUUUGCCAACUACGAGUACCGGAUCACCAAUGCCAUUUUCCCAGGGUUCAGGUGGAAAUGCAUCUCAUGCCAGUGCACCAUCGAGACCGAUGAAAAAUUCACCAUUUGUCAGGACAUGUCCUACGUUCACACUCAUGCACCCGUGCCGGACGUUGUCGAUUUAGUCGAUGACAUCAAAAGAUCCCAGACGCAGCUACCAGUACAAAAACCCGUUGUCCCAGCUCAGCCUAAACCUAAACAAGUGGUACCACAACAGAAUUCGAAGGAAAGUUCUACACCUGAAAAGCCGGCGGCUGAGCAAAAUGACGAAGUAUCCAGGCAGAAAGAUCCUGGUGAAGAUAGUUCGCCGAAAGAAAUUGAAGAGACCCCGAAGGACAGUUCAAACGAUAGUGAUCAACAGAAGGAACAAGUUGAAGGACCUUCCGCGAAUGCAGCGACUGCACAGGAAAAUGAAGAAAUUGAUCCAAUCGAUGCAAUGCUUCAGGAAAUUACGGGAGACCCAGGCCAAGAUAGCCUAGGUUUCCUGAAUCCUUCGACUGGUAAUUUCGAUGGCAAUGACUCGGACGACGACGAAGAAAUGACUCUAGAUCCCUCCAGCGGAGAAAUGGUAAAGAAGGGCGAUUUGAAGCGAAAAGAAGCCCGAAAGGCCCUACUCGAAGACAUCGUAGCGGACGAGGACGAUGAUGAGUUGGAAUAUCUGGAUCCACUGACCGGGGAAAUGCGGCGCAAGGGUGACGAAGCGGCCGCCAAUGAGACAGAACCGGAUCCCGAGGAGAAGAGUGCGGACCAGGAAAUAUCGGGCAAUGGCCCAUCCAAAGAUGCGAACGUGUCCAACGAAGAUUUCGAGGAACUACUCAAAAAGGACACCAGCAAAGGUUCAGCUGACACGAAAAAGAAUAGAAAACCUAAGAAGAAUUCAUUGGCGGCACUCAAAAUGGUCAUGGACGUUCACAAGCGGCUGAAAAUCCCAGAUACACGAAGGAACUUUGAGGUACUGCCCGCCCCGGAAGAUAGCGCCACCUGUCUGAUCCGGUUCAAUGAGUUCACGUAUGAGUUGGAUGUGGCCCACGAUAGUUUCUCGAUAUGGAAGUGCCAUCUAUCGCCACAGUACGCGUGCCGAGGCAAAGUUAACCUCGACGACGAUUGUGUCCAGGUAACGGUAACAGGGGUGAACCAUUGCCACGUAGCUACAUUGGAGGACAUGUUCACGCAACUGCCUUCAGAGCAAAAUGGGCAAAUCAUGGACAGCGAUCUGGGCUCCACUCGAGAGUACACGUUUUACAAACGGCCUGAUUCGGUGUAUCAACUCCGACUGGACGAUGGCCAUUUGUACAACUGUCUAACGAUCUCCAAAACCGGCGUCAGUUGCUGGCGAUGCUCCGACCGGCAGGCCCACAACUGCAAGGCCAUGUUCACCAUGGAGGGCAAGUUUGCGUCGUUGCUACGGAAUCGAUUCAGUCAUCCGCACGAUCCCGUACCCGCUUCGUCGUCGGAGGCUGGAACGGAACCUCGUAUCGAUGAGGACGAGGCUAGCGGUACCCGUUCGGUGGACUCGGAGGUGAAAAAGGGAUCAUCCAAGAGGUCGACCAGGAGCGAAAACGAAGAAGACAGGAAGAAGCAAAAGCGACAAACGCUGUAGGGGCCAGAUGGUUUGGGUAAAUCGACUGAGUAAUUUACUUAUACUUAUUUAGUUAUGAUACUGCUUUACUUACUAUACGAGAAUACAAGAAAUAAAUUGGCGAAUAAAAAUAAACGUUAUAUGUAGUAAUAAA